AUGCUGAAAAUUAUGCGGCUGGCACGCUAUUUCAGCGCUAUCCCAGAAUCCACCAUCAAAACAGCAAGUAGCUUUGAGCAGUUCAAUCUUCCCAAAUAUAUAUUGGAUGUAUUUAAGGAAGCUGGCUACACGGAGCCUACCCCGAUUCAAGCUAUGACAUGGCCAAUUAUCAUGAAAGGAAAAGAUCUUGUAGGUAUUGCGAAGACCGGGUCAGGCAAAACAAUGGGCUUUUUGGUUCCUUCAUUGCUACACAUCAAGUCCAAGCCACCAGUUCAGCGUGGAGAUGGCCCUCGAGUUCUCGUCCUCUCCCCAACUCGUGAACUGGCUUGCCAAAUCGGUGCUGAAUGCGAGCUUUUCGAGCAAAAAAGCCAAACAACAUCAGUCUGUGUUUAUGGUGGUGCGAAUAAGUGGCUUCAAGCUCGCAAACUCCGCCUAAACCCAGAAACAAUCAUCGCUACACCAGGCCGAUUAAUUGAUUUUAUCGAUUCCAAAGAGACUACUGUAAAGAACGUCAGCUAUUUAGUCCUUGACGAAGCUGACCGUAUGCUUGAUAUGGGCUUUGAGCCACAAAUCCGCGAAAUAUUAAAAACAAUCAGAGCUGUUGUAUAUAUAAUAUGGCUGGAGAAGAGCGAACUGCCCUCCAUAAAAGGGUCCAUUUUAUGCCUGGCAUAGUUUUGAGUUUUAGUUAUGGCCUUGCUAUAAUCAGUAGCCUCAAAGCAAGAAAUGAGGCCAAGACUGCUGCUUUUGAUCACUAUUCCUUGGGUAGUUAAUUUGAUCUCUUUUUGCCAGCAAUGCCCAUCUCAGCGGGCUCGCGAAAUGAUGCAGGCUAUAUAACUGCAUAAGCUAUGCUCUUAAUUGCGAAAGCUAUCGAGUAUUUUUAGGGAUAUCAUGAAAUGAAGGGAGUGAAGCUAGUAACGAAGAGGGGAGUCUCCCUAAUUGAUCUGGUGCUGGAGGAGCGUAGAGUUGCUGCAAACUUGGGCAACAUAGGUGUUUUGAUUAGGGGUAGUCAGUAAUUGAUCCAAUGCCAUCACCUCGACCGAGAAUCAGUGGUUUCGGCCCGAGCUCGAGUCGAUAUUUUCUACUACUUCGCAAACACUACAGCUGAGCAUCUCCGAAAUAGGGAUUUGAAGGCAUUUGAAUCUAAUCUAAUCAGAGCUGACCACCAAACCUUGAUGUUCACUGCUACCUGGCCUAAAGAAAUCAUAGGGCUAGCAAGAGACUUUCUCAGCACCCCUGAAGAAAUAAGAAUUGGCUCUGAAGAUUUAACCGCAAACCCUGAUAUAGAGCAAACAUUCGAGUUUAUUCACUCUGAAUCUGAAAAAUUUUCAAAGCUGCUUGAAGUCUGCCAUCAUCACAAAAACGAAAAAAUUUUGAUUUUCUGUGACACCAAGAUGGAGUGCCAAAGGGUUGCUGACAAGUUAAAGCACAGAAGUAUUAAAGCAGAGGAGCUUCAUGGAGAUAAAGAGCAAUAUGACAGAGAUCUUGUCAUGAAAAGCUAUAAAAAAGGUGAAAUCGAUAUUGUGGUUGCGACAGAUGUAGCUUCCAGAGGAUUGGAUGUUAAAGAUAUCAAGCUUGUCAUCAAUUAUUCGAUGCCUAGAGAAACAGUCAGUUAUGUACACAGAAUUGGUAGAACUGGUAGGGCUGGAGCUAAAGGUAAAGCCUUGACUUUUUACUCAAUCGAAAAUCCAAAAAUAGCUAAAGAACUUAUUAAAAUACUUCAGACAGCUGGCCAGCCGGUUCCUCCAGAACUAAAAGAUUACGCAGGAGGAUCAUCACCAUCAUCAUUCUCAAGAAGUUCAACAAGCAGCAGCAAUUUAAAAAGAUCAAGAAGCGCUGAUUUCAGUGACGAAGAUUCUGGAAGAAAAUCAUCAAGGAGCAGGUUUUCCGAAGAACCCAUAAAACGAAGAGCAGCCAAGCCUCAGCUUGAUGAAGAGGGAGAGGGAGAGGAGGAAGAAACCAGGAAGCCAAAAAUUUCAAGGGCCAACUUUGAUGAGGACGAAUUCGAGGAAAGAAAGCCAAGACGGACCAGAUCUAGACUUUCAUUAAAUGAGGAAGAAGAUACACAAAUUGGCCAAGAAAGUAGCACAAAGAAAAGAGUGUCGAGCUACAGAAGAAGAGAGGAUGAAGAUGAAUAG